AUGGCAGACGCAGAAGACAGAAAUCAAACUUCCAUCACUGAAUUUAUCCUCCUGGGCUUUGAAACUCUUCCAGAGUUGCAAAUACUUCUCUUCCUGCUGUUUCUCAUAAUCUACCUUGCAACCAUGGCUGGGAAUGUCCUCAUCAUUGUGCUCAUUAUAACCGUUCAGCAUCUGCACACCCCCAUGUACUUCUUCCUGGGGAACUUGUCCUGCUUGGAGACCUGCUACACCUGCACCCUCCUGCCCAGGAUGCUGGCCAGCUUCCUCACUGGAGACAGAACCAUCUCGUUCUCUGGCUGCUUCAUCCAAUUUUUUUUCUAUGUUUUCUUGAUAGUUACAGAGUGUUGUCUCUUAUCCGUGAUGUCUUAUGAUCGGUACUUAGCCAUAUGUAAACCAUUGCAUUAUGCAGCCCUAAUGAGUGAGAGACUGUGUUUCAACCUUGCUGCUGGCUCAUGGAUGAGUGGAUUUAUAGUUGCCUCCAUUAUGUAUCUCUUCUUGAUACGAUUAACCUUCUGUGGACCCAAUCAAAUUGACCAUUUCUUUUGUGACUUUUAUGCAGUGAUUAAGCUCUCCUGCAGUGACACCUAUGAGAUUGAACUUGUAGACUACAGUCUUAGCUGUAUAUUUGUUUUGCCCCCAUUCCUUUUGACUCUCAUGUCCUACGUCUGCAUUAUCACCACCAUAGUGAGAAUCCCUUCCUCUAUUGGGAGAGAAAAGGCCUUUUCCACCUGUUCCUCUCAUAUUACUGUGGUGACCAUUUUCUAUGGGACCCUAACUAUUGUGUAUAUGCUCCCAAAAAUCAAUACCCUUAGAGCCCUGAACAAAAUAUUCUCUCUUUCCUACACUGUGCUGACUCCAUUGGUCAACCCUCUCAUUUACAGCCUGAGAAACAAGGAAGUAAGGGAGGCUGUACGGAAAGUUGUCUCUGUGUUUAUGAAUUGUAAAGGAAUGCAAACUUUCUUAAACACUAUGAGGAGGUUGAAGCAAAAUGGAAAUAACAGGAAUCAGAGCUCUGGAAAAUGA